AUGUUUGAACGGACCGACAUUGAUCUGGAAUGUCUCUCUUUCCUGGAAGAGGAGAUGUUUGAAAAUUCUUUGCGUGCCGGAAUUUCUGGAAACUAUCAAUGGGGAUUAGAUGUUGGAAACCACAAAGAUGACUGGAAGCCUUAUUUAUGCAGAGAUUGGUUCAUUGGAUACCGAGAGGUCAAUGAAGAUGAGAUACUGCCGGGUUCAAAGUACAUUGAUCAACCCAAAAUGAAGGUAGAAGCACAGCCCAAGAGACCUCAUUCUACGCCUCAGCUUAUUCCAAAGAAAAGGAAAUGGGAUGAUCAUUAA